AUGGGUGUAUCAUGGGUAUUCGAACACGAGAAGACAGCGAAAGAAGUGGAGCGUUUGUUAGAAGGCGGUGGUGCGGAGCAAAUCGGCACAUUCACUGUUGACUGUCUGCCUUAUAUUCCCAAUGAUAAGCUUCAAAGCUGCAUCCAACAUAAUUAUGUUCUUCAUCAUAGCAAUUUUCCACAGAGUUCAUUCUCAAUAGCCCCGACGGAUUCUCUCCGAACGAGCCCACGGACAAUAUGUGAUCUAGGUUUCGAUCUUAUUCUCACCAAGCUUUCAUCAGGCUUGACACCCGAUACUGCGGGAAAAUUUGAGGUAUGUUCUUCAGCAUCGACCAUCUGCAAUUUUUCUGCAGCUCAGGCGAAUUGUACUUGCUGCUUACCAACAGUAGUCGGCGCUGCUCUGAAUUGUUGUAGCUGCGGAUUGAUAAGCUUGUGUGAAAGAUCAGUUUGGGACAAAGUAAUGCCAAUAGAAGCUGCGAGCAUUAUUCAUCGCAUGGUAUGUGAGAAUUCAUUGGAAAAGUACACACAUGGUCGGAAUGGGUGGGGUAGGUGA